GCGCACCAGAGGCUGGAAGGUCUCAUCAUAAAAACAAGCCUUGUUCAAGACCAAAUGAUUUCCAAUUAAAAGUGAUUUUUGUGUGCAAGUUUCAGUUUUAGUUGACAAUUAUUGUUAACUUCACUUUGACAAAUCGUCGCUGCCAAAUGGACUGCUGAGGGAAGUUCUCCUUAUUUGCGCAACAGGUUCUGUCGCAUACAGAUCUUACUACGAUCCAUGUAGGAGGAAGAAGCAUGUUGUCAAGGUUUCGGUCUUUUGGCGUCCAGCAGGAGAUCCACUCAUGGGAUGUGGCGGCUGCAGAGUCAGGUUUAACUUUGGAAAGGUGCUCUCCAAAGCCUCCGUGUUUUUUACCAUGGUCCUAAUAUUCACUUAUUUCUUCUACUGUCUCACUGGUUUAUGCGAUUUGGCUCCGAGGACUUUAUACAGCCAGAAAGCUGCAGACGGGGGCUAUGACAACCUGGACGAACGCAGCCAGGUGCUGGUGGACCUGCGACCUCCUCCACCUCUCCACCCGGACGCGCAGCUCCAUAACCGGACAGCCUAUCUGGACGCGCCGCAGGUGGACGUGGAGGAGCAGCUGCAGCAGUACGAGCAGGGCAGCGAGAAGGAGGCAAACAUCAUUCCCGUUUCCAACACCUACGGGACUAAAAGGCUUCCAAAUGCGAUAAUAAUCGGCGUGAAGAAAGGAGGAACCCGCGCCUUGCUGGAGUUUCUGCGCAUCCACCCGGACGUGAGGGCGUUUGGUGCCGAGCCUCAUUUCUUUGACAGGUUUUAUGACCGAGGGCUGGAGUGGUACAGAAACCUGAUGCCCCGAACUCUGGAUGGGCAGAUCACUAUGGAGAAGACACCCAGCUACUUUGUAACCAAGGAGGCUCCCAGCCGUGUCUGCACAAUGAACUGUCAAACCAAGCUAAUCGUUGUAGUGAGAGACCCAGUGACGCGUGCUGUGUCCGACUACACUCAGACACUCACCAAGAACCCUGGACUCCCAUCCUUCCAGAGUCUUGCCUUGAAGAACUCCUCCACAGGACUGGUCGACACCACUUGGAGCGCUGUGCGCAUCGGCCUCUACGCCAAUCAUCUGGAGAACUGGCUCCAGUAUUUCCCCCUGUCUCACUUUCUGUUUGUCAGCGGUGAGCGACUUGUUUCCGAUCCCGCUGGGGAGAUGGGACGGGUUCAAGACUUCCUGGGUCUGAAAAGGGUCAUCUCAGAGAAACAUUUCUACUUCAACCAGACUAAAGGUUUUCCCUGCUUGAAGAAGCCAGAAGGGAGCAGCAGACCUCGCUGCCUUGGAAAGUCGAAGGGUAGACCUCAUCCACAGAUCCCAUCUGAGGUUCUGCAGAGACUCAGGGACUUCUACAGACCAUUUAACCAACGUUUCUAUCAAAUGAGUGGACAAGACUUUGGCUGGGACUGAUAAACGAGGUUCGAGUCUGCCUUAAGAAAAGCCUCUUAAUGUUUUUGUUUUACAGUUUUCACAGAUCAAAGAUUCUCAGGGAGGGGUAAAGGCAAAGAUAAUUUAGCCUGUGGAUGCAACAUGGCAUGCAGCACUCAUAAACUGCAACCGUUUAGCUCUAGAGGUGAAGCUGAGACUCACCCAGUGCUACUAAUAUGCAAAAACACACCUUGAGGACACAAAACCACUUUCUAAUGUUUAAAUUUGGUUUGAAGGUUUCAUUUUCCUUUCUUUUAUCCUGAUUUUUGUUUAUGUCAUAUUUAUAGUUUAUGUUGAUGAAUAGUACAUUUUUGUAAAAUACACAUUUUAUUUAUUACCGUAUACUGUUUAUUACAUGGCAAAGAAAGACAUAAAAAUUACAUACUAACUGACGGGACAUUGGGGAUAAUGUCAUACUGUGCAAUGCUUUGACACUUUUAUAGUUUUGUUCCAUUUUCUGUUUCACACACAAAAAAGACGUUCAGAUCAUUUGUUUGACAUUGCAGAAAUUUAUUAUCAUUGCAGUUGAUGUACAAUUUAUACCUCAAAUGUAAAUAUUUAAAUAAAAACACACAUAUAAAUUUUGUA